AUGGCUCGUGUUGUGCUCGCCUUGCUGGCGCUGGCUGCGGCAGAAACCGUGAACGACUGCAUUGAAAGCAAGUGCCGUGGCUGUGGAGGAGAGCAAUGCCAGCUUUGUCGAGAAGACCAGAAAAUCAUCUCCUCCUGCGUGUCAUCGUGCAUGGACACCAUGUGCCGUGGAUGUGGCGGUGAGCAAUGCCAAUUGUGCCGCGAGGAUGCCAAGACCAUCGAGUCCUGCUGCGCCGAGCAAGUCUUGGCCCAGGUGACCGCGGAGAUCGACAUGUGCAAGGCGCCGCCCCCGACAAACAAAUGCGACGGCCUCUACGGCGCCGAGGGUCUGCAGUGCGCUUGGGAGGAGGAUGCGAAGAGCUGUGUUGAGCAAAGCUGCAAGGGCUGCGGCGGGGAGCAGUGCCAAUUGUGCCGCGCAGAUGCGCAGCGCAUCGCCGGCUGCUGUGAUGACCACUACCACUCCGUGGACCCCCCACAGAUAUGCAAAGAUUCCAAGGAGGAAGCUGUCACCAGCUGUAUGGACUCCAAGUGCCGUGGCUGUGGCGGGGAGCAGUGCCAGCUGUGCCGCGAGGACGCCAAGAGCGAAUGUUGCACCGGAGCCAUGCGGACUCCUUCCUGUGAGUCCAAGGCGCCGCCCCCGACAAACAAAUGCGACGGCCUCUACGGAGCCGAGGGUCUGCAGUGCGCUUGGGAGGAGGAUGCGAAGAGCUGUGUUGAGCAAAGCUGCAAGGGCUGCGGCGGGGAGCAGUGCCAAUUGUGCCGCGCAGAUGCGCAGCGAAUCGCCGGCUGCUGUGAUGACCACUACCACUCCGUGGACCCCCCACAGAUAUGCAAAGAUUCCAAGGAGGAAGCUGUCACCAGCUGUAUGGACUCCAAGUGCCGUGGCUGUGGCGGGGAGCAGUGCCAGCUGUGCCGCGAGGACGCCAAGAGCGGCCAGCGGUGGUCGCAGCACCUGGCACGAAAGCAGCGGCUCAGGCUGAUGCACCAGGUGGCGACGGAGGUUCUCAAGGGCAAGAAGGAGAUGAGCAACUGCUUCCAAGAUGCCCCCUUCGCAGUUGCCGACCUUCGAGUAGUUUCACGGGCGGCGCUGAACAGCGGAAGCCGAAUCGGCUGGAUAGCGACGGUGAAUUGGUACAACAAGCACGGGAACCUGAGCGACCAGAUCCGCCUCAAUCAGGUGGCGGGCGUCCUUUCUGAGAUCAAGCCGAAUCAAGCCAUGAAGAUCCUCUACGACUUGGACACCGCGAAGGAGACCCUGCCGGACCCCACGGGGUGGAUCAUUGCGGAGGCGCGGAAGCGGCGCCAGCUCAAUGACAAGGGCAAGGGCGACGGCAAGGGUGACGACAAAUACGACAAGGAGAAGGGAAACAACAGCAACAACAAAGGUGAUGGCAAAGCCGAGGCAAAGCCCAAGGAGACCUUGGAGUGGCGCAGCCAGGAGCCUGUCGAGAAGGGCCAAGGCAAGGGCAAAG